GAUUAUCAUGUUCAUAUAUAAAUUUGAGAGCCAUUUGUAAUAAACAGCAGAAUUGUUCUCAGUAUAUUGCCGUCAAUCACACAGGUGGAUACCACAAUGAUUACUUUAAAUAUCUUCCUUGUUUUAGUGAUAUAUCAAUGUGCCCUCUCGGAUGGGAGUAAACUCAACUUAUCGACAGAGCCUUGUGAUGUCAGUGAUAUAGAAUGCAUAAGCAAAGCAACUCAAGUUUUUUUGGAUAAUACAUAUCAAGGGAUACCAGAAUAUAAUAUAAAAAAACUAGACCCUAUUACUAUACCUUCUUUAGAAAAGUCUAUUGAAAAAAUAAAUUUGAAUGUUCGGUACAAUAAUUUAAAGGUAACCGGAUUUAAAAAUCAGAAGAUUUCACAUUUCACAUUAGUUAGAGAUACAAAGGCAGUAAAUUUCAAAACAAAAGUAAAUUUCACUGCAGAAGGAGAAUUAGUUAUUGAAUUGCCUAAGUCAUCAAAAACCUACACAGGAGAAGUCACAAUCGAAGCUAGCGCAGAAGGUGGAGCUGCUUAUAGUUAUAGCGUGAAGACUGAUGAUAAAGGGGUGGAGCAUUAUGAAGCUGGUCCAGAAACGAUUUCUUGCGAAAUAUUUGGUGAACCCACGCUUAGUGUGAGUUCUACCCUUGAAGAUGCCUUGAAACUUGAUUCAGAUUUUAAGAAAAUAUUCACGGAAUAUGGUAAACAACUAACGGAGGGUCGUAAACAAACAGCUUGCAGGAUAGUCGAAACAGUUUAUGCUGUGUCUGUACACAACAUCAGAGCAGCGGCAAGAAUAUUACCGAAGAGUGCAUACUUCAAAAAUGUUUAACCUGUGAUAUAUAAUAAUGAUAAGCAUUACUAUAUAAAAUUACUCCUUCAAUUUGUUCUCCUGUGUCCCCGAGUAACUUCCAAAAGAAGUCUUUAUUUUAUAUUUAUUCAUACUAUACUAUAUCAUAUACUGAAACAUUUAAACAAAAUAAUAUCUUUACUAAGAUUCUUGCAAUAUCUUAAUGUAAAUUAAGCGGGAAAAAACGUAGCUAAAAAUAUAUAGUAAUAUACAAAUAGCAGACACACUGUCAUUAUUAAAUCCAAAUACACUAUAAUCAUUAAAAUCAAAAA